UCGAAGACGAAGAUCACAUACAUACAUGUAUAGAAGGAUUUUUCUUUAGAAUUCGCCUAAAAACAAAGUCAGGUGAAGGAGAAGGAAAAUCGAAAAUGCCAAAAGGUAAAGAAAGCCACCGCGGAGCUCGAGUUUUCCUUAAGAGAUCAAAGCCAUAUACGGCCACCGACGGCGGUUAUCAUGAUUAUUUCCGCAAGGCUGUGGAUGAUUGCAUCAACAGUAGUAGUUCUUCUGAUGCUGUUGCUGCUACCCACUCUCACCACUCCAUGAUGAGUCUUAACACCAACAAUAGCGAUGAGAAAAUUGAUGGGAUCGUUGACUUGAAGUCAAUGGGUCUACAAGCAGCUGAGGAACUAUCUAAGAGACCCAAAAAGGGUCAAAUCUAUGCAUCGGUAAAAGCAGAUUUUGAAAGCAUAAACGCACGCUUGAAGAAUCUGUCUUUGUCUCUUGGAGAACCCAGUUCCAUCGAUGAGGGAAUUGAGAUAGCUGAUGCUGCUUCAUUGUUAAAGCUUUUGGACAAGUCAAACCGUGAGAUUGACAUGGCUGGGGAAAUGGCUCAAAAGGGUGUCCUUUUGAUGGUUCAUGCACAAAUCAUGCUUAAGAAAGGUAUUUUCUGGCUGAAAUUGAGGGAUCUGAGCAAAAAUCUGAUCCAGAGACUCAAAAGGACUGCAGAUGCUGUUGGAUUCUGACCUCCCUGCACUCGAAGUGAAUUUUCUGGAGCUACAGAAGCCCAAUUGGCGCGCUCUCAAUGGCGUUGGAAAGUAGACAUCCUGGGCUUUCCAGCAAUAUAUGAUAGUCCAUACUUUGCCCAAGAUUUGAUGGCCCAAACCGGCGUUCAAAGUCACCCUCAGGAAUUCCAGCGUUAAACGCCGGAACUGGCACCUAAAUGGGAGUUAAACGCCCAAACUGGCAUAAAAGCUGGCGUUUAACUCCAAGAAGAGUCUCUACACGAAAAUGCUUCAUUGCUCAGUCCAAGCAUACACCAAGUGGGCCCGGAAGUGGAUUUUUAUGUCAUUUACUCAUCUCUGUACACCCUAGGCUACUAGUUUUCUAUAAGUAGGACCUUUUACUAUUGUAUUUACAUCUUUCAAUCUUAGGAUCUUUUGAUCAUGUUUUUAUGAUUGAACCCUCUUUGGGAGGCUGGCCAUUCGGCCAUGCCUAGACCUUGUUCUUAUGUAUUUUCAACGAUGGAGUUUCUACACACCAUAGAUUAAGGUGUGGAGCUCUGCUGUACCUCGAGUAU